AUGGCGGCGGCGGCGGCUGUCAGCGGCGCCAAACGGAGCCUGAGGGCUGAGCUGAAGCAGCGCCUGCGAGCCCUCAGCGCCGAGGAGCGGCUGCGUCAGUCCCGCCUCCUGACCCAGAAGGUAAUUGCCCACAGUCAGUAUCAGAAGUCCAAAAGGAUCUCCAUCUUUCUGAGCAUGCAGGAUGAAAUUGAGACGGAAGAGAUCAUCAAGGACAUUUUCCAACAAGGGAAAACUUGCUUUAUCCCACGGUACCAGUUCCAGAGCAAUCACAUGGAUAUGGUCAAAUUAGCAUCGCCCCAGGAAAUUUCUUCGCUUCCCAAAACAUCCUGGAAUAUUCAUCAGCCUGGUGAGGGCGAGGUUCGAGAGGAGGCCUUGUCAACAGGGGGACUGGACCUCAUCUUCUUGCCGGGUCUCGGGUUUGACAAGCAAGGCAACCGGCUGGGACGGGGCAAAGGCUACUACGACGCCUACCUGAAGCGCUGUGCGCAGCAGCAGCACAUGAAGCCCUACACCAUGGCCUUGGCUUUCAAGGAGCAGAUCUGCCUACAGGUCCCUGUGGACGAACAUGACAUGAAGUUUAAGUUACAUAUUUAUGAGGAACUGCUCUGGUUCAGAGUGAGAGGAAGGCGGACCCUCCAGAGUGGACGCUCUGUCAUUGAGGCCUUCCACGGGCCUGCUCGGUCUGGCAGGUAUGUGGAGGCUCCACGAUGGUUCCUUGAUUUGUGGUGUUUGCUUCCUGUGCAAAAAGUUCCUCAAGAAUAUUACUUCUGCACUUCAGUAGAUAUCUGGACAUACAGUGAUUGGGAAUUUUUUGGAGGUGAGUUAAUUGAAUACAGGCUAUUUUCACUUAAAACAUGGAUCUAUAUUCUUUGCACAAUAGCAUAUGAUUUGAUGUUUUAUGCACAAAAGUGAAAACAUAUUAAAAACAUCAGUUGACCUAAUACUGGCUUUU